AUGGAGAAGUAUGAAGAUGUGUUUACAGACCAACCAGGAAGGACGAACCUGGCGGAACAUGAUAUUCACACUACAACGAAUGACCCAGUACGGAUAAAGUCGUACCCAUUACCGUAUAAUACGAAGGAGGUUAUCAAAGAGGAAAAGGCAGCUCUCACUGUUAAGCCCAGCAAAUGUUCCUUCGGAUUUGGGAGUUUACCGUGCUUAGGACAUGUUGUAGGAUCGAAGCGUCUGCAGAUGGACCAGGCAAAGGUAAAGGCGAUCCGUCAAGCACCCAAACCGACGACAAAGCAGCAAGUAAGAUCUUUCUUGGGACAACUUGCAGGCUUUUAUCGCAGGUUCAUUCCGAACUUUGCAGCGAUCGCUGUUCCUCUCACAGACCUUACCAAGAAGGGUAGUGCUAAUCAUGUGCAGUGGGAAGACAGCCAUGAGCGGGCAUAUACCACCCUGAAGAAAAUGCUGAUUGCAGAGCCUGUUUAA